CCCGCGCCCUCCCCAGCAUCGCGACCGCGGGGACCGGCCCGGCCCGGCCCCCGAGACCACCUAGCAGUCGCGAUGUCCAUAACGGGGCUGAGGAAGCAGCUCCACAAAGCCAGCCAGCUCAUUAGUGAAAAACUAAGCGGUAUUGAAGGGACGAAACUAGAUAAUGAAUUUCUCAACAUGGAAAAGAAAAUAGACACUACCAAUAAAGCUGUUGCAGAAAUUCUUUCAAAAGCUACAGAAUAUCUCCAGCCAAAUCCAGCAUACAGAGCUAAGCUGGGGAUGCUCAACACUGUGUCGAAGAUCCGAGGGCAGGUGAAAACGACCGGCUACCCACAGACAGAAGGCUUGCUGGGCGACUGCAUGCUGAAAUAUGGGAAGGAGCUUGGGGAACAGUCGGAAUUUGGCAGUGCGCUGGUGGAAGUUGGCGAAACCAUGAAGCUAAUGGCUGAGGUGAAAGACUCCCUUGAUAUUAAUGUAAAGCAAACGUUUAUUGAUCCGCUUCAGUUACUACAAGACAAAGAUUUAAAAGAGAUCGGGCACCACCUGAAGAAGCUGGAAGGCCGCCGCCUGGAUUAUGAUUAUAAAAAGAGGCGAGUAGGUAAGAUACCAGAUGAAGACAUCAGACAAGCAGCAGAAAAAUUUCAAGAGUCAAAGGAGUUGGCUGAAAGAAGCAUGUUUAAUUUUUUAGAAAACGAUGUAGAACAAGUCAGCCAGUUGGCGGUGUUCGUAGACGCAGCCUUAGACUAUCACAGACAGUCCGCAGAAGUUCUGCAGGAACUGCACACCCGGCUGCAGAUACGAAUAGCAGCUGCAACCACCAUCCCCAAGCGAGAGUACAAGCCAAGGCAAGUAAAGCGGACUCCUAGCGAGCUCAACAGUAUCACCACGACUUCAGCAAAGACCACAGGUUCUAACAUUCUCAUGGACCAACCCUGCUGUCGCGGUCUCUAUGACUUUGAGCCCGAAAACCAAGGAGAACUAGGAUUUCAAGAAGGGGACCUCAUUACACUGACCAAUCAGAUAGAUGAGAAUUGGUAUGAAGGAAUGCUGCACGGGGAGUCUGGGUUCUUCCCCAUUAAUUAUGUUGAAGUGCUUGUGCCUUUACCUCAGUAAAUGCGUAACUUUGGGCCUAAUUUCAUAACGGAAAUGAACUCACCCUAAUGCUCUCGCUGUGGUGUUCUGUGACAUCCUUGCUCUCUGACCAAUGUGACCACUUUUCUAUGCGUGUUGUUGUGCUUUUUAAAAUGUAUUUUGUAUCCCUUUAAUUUGUAUAAAUGACUUUCUUGUCUUAGCUGUACCAAAAAUAGUUUUCUUUUUCGCUUAUUGUUUUAAAAGUCAUUGGUUAAAUGUAUGUACUUAUUCUCACUAGAAACAAAUGGCACCCAUUGGCGUUCUGUCAAUGAUUUGCCCCUCCUCCUCAGCGGGCGUGGUUUGAAAAGGCAACAUUUGACUAAGAAAUGCGAAAUAUCUUGUUUCCAGCAUCCCUGUUUUCCUCCACCUUUUCCCAUUCAGUGUGUUUUACUUUACCUAUAAAUAGCCCAAUAAAUAUGACACACUUCAUUGCCAAA